AUGGACGGCAUUCGCUUCAUCUUAGAAGACCCUCAAGCAGCUAACUCGAGGCAGAAGAAACGUUCUCGUCUUGUCACGGCAUGCGAUACAUGCCGCGCGAAGAAGAUUAAAUGCCACCAAUCCCCGGGCUCCGCUAAGUGCGAGGCAUGCCGACUCUCAAAGAGUGCAUGCAGGUUUCGGGAUCGAGAGCGGUACCAUGCUCAGCGUUCAGGUAGCAUAUCCACGUCGAGUUCGAACUUCAAUCCCUCGGACAGUGAAGAUAACCAAUCGUUCACUGAGUCCCCGGGCUUCAUUGCGCGUCGCUCCACCCUCCCUACUCUUAGUCAUUACCACUCCCAGCAGUCUCGAUCCUCUUCUUUACCGCCCGCUCUACCUCGCCUGCCGAAUGCACUCGGUCACCGUACGGGAAGUCCAAACAGCGAAGUGGGUCCUCAUCGUGUAAGAAAGGCUAGUAUAAGCGGUCGUCGUUCUGGACAGUCUACACCAUCUCUGGCCGGGAUAUCACCUCUGUCGAACUUCAGGGACCUCUCCAUUGACGACUACUCUCACAACAUGCAAAAUUAUUUCGACUCAGCUCGUCCUGGGUUCCCCUCCCCAAAAUAUAUGGAACAUGCUCUCGAAUUGUUCUCAGAAAACUUUGGUCCAAGGUUUCUCUUCUUGCAUUAUGAUGCCCUUCGCCAUACCAUGAUGGAGCAAGCGUUGCCUGCACCAUUCGCAAACUGUAUCGCAGGGCUUUCAAUGAGGUUCUCUCCAUCUCCCGAGUUCCCAAAUGCCUCUCGUGUGUUCCUCGGAGAGCCCUACUUGGAAAUGGCUAAGGAUUUGAUUGUUCCUCUUGCCUACACUCCGUCGGUUGAGAACCUCCAUUCCUUAUUGUUGCUAUCAUGGUGCGAAUACGGAUCAGGACGAGAAAAUGGUCUCAACCUCUACAGUUCUUUAUCUGUGCAGAUGGCUUUGGAACUGGGCCUCGGUAACGAGGCGACCAUCCAAUCACUCCCCAGUGACCACGAGCGGAUGGAUCUCUGCCAGACCUGGUGGAGCGUUGUCAUGUUGGACAUUAUUUCCUCUUGGAGUAAGUUUCCCCAUCGUAUAAUAGUUGGCUGUUCUGACUGUACGACUCAGUCACGGGAAAUCCUGCAAACAUUAGUCUCCAAGCAUGCACGACUGCAUUGCCAAAGUCCACUUUUACACCUUCAGAUGCUUCUCUUGCUUUGUCUCCAUAUUUCACUUUGUAUGAACUUCUGGGUAUUCGUGACAAUAUGCUUCGGAUCCUCAAUUUCAAUUUCAAUGCAAAUACCCAAGGGACUUCCGAAGCUGAGUUACAGUGAGUAA